GAGCAGGAACUUCCGCAGAGUUUGCGGCCAGGUGCGCUCCUGGGAGCUGGGCUGGUUGUGGCCCACAGUCAGCCUGCUGCCUUUAUCAAAGAGCUGAUAACUUUGCCUCCCACCUGCGUGAGGCUUCUGGAAGCAUCUACCUGGGUGUCUCUUGGUCCUGCAGCCCCACACGUGGCACGCUGCAUCCAUCCUAUGCCUGUGGCAGCACCUGCAAAGAGUGGGUGCUUCAGAGGUGGACCCUGGAGGCCGCUCAGUCUUGGGAGGCGGACCUGGUGCACAAAGGGCGCUCCACUCUCAGAAGCAGGUGUUCUCAGGCUCCGGCCCAGUGGACCUGCGAGGCGGCCAGUCUCCAGCAUCCCCACCAGCGCCUCCAGGAGCAGCAGGAGCCCCACCGCCGCCUGAGCAGGGAGACCCCGGUCUGUGUCUGCCUUGGCCGACAAGAUGCUGCCCGUGUCUGCAGAGGUGAAGACCAGCCCGCUGCAGAAGGCGAACUUCUGCUCGCGCCUGUUUGUCUGGUGGCUAAACCCCUUGUUUAAAAUUGGUCACAAACGGAAAUUAGAACCAGAUGACAUGUACUCGGUGCUUCCAGAAGAUCGCUCCCAGUGCCUUGGAGAAGAGCUGCAAGGGUACUGGGAUCAAGAAGUUAAGAGAGCCCAGAAGGAUGCACAGGAACCCUCUUUAGUGAAAGCAAUCGUAAAGUGUUACUGGAAAUCCUAUUUAAUUUGGGGAAUGUUUACAUUUCUUGAGGAAAGCUCCAGAGUAGUUCAACCCAUAUUUUUGGGGAAAAUGAUUAAUUAUGUUGAAAACUAUGAUCCCUAUGAUUCUGCCGCUUUGCAUGAAGCCUACGGCUAUGCGGCAGGGCUGAGCGCCUGCGUGCUUCUGUGGGCCAUUCUGCACCACUUGUACUUCUACCACAUGCAGCAUGUGGGGAUGAGGCUGAGAGUAGCCGUGUGCCAUAUGAUCUACCGCAAGGCCCUGCGCCUGAGUAGCCCAGCCAUGGGGAAGACCACCACAGGCCAGAUAGUCAACCUGCUGUCCAACGAUGUGAACAGGUUUGACCAGGUAACGAUGUUCUUGCACUAUCUGUGGGUAGGGCCACUGCAGGCUGUCGCAGUGACCGCCCUGCUCUGGAUGGAAAUAGGAAUAUCAUGUCUUGCCGGGAUGGCAGUUCUCAUUAUUCUUCUGCUUUUGCAAAGCUGCUUUGGGAAGUUGUUUUCAUCACUCUGGAGUAAGACUGCUGCUCUCACAGACGAGAGGAUCAGGACCAUGAGUGAAGUCAUAACUGGCAUCAAAACAAUAAAAAUGAAUGCUUGGGAAAAGUCAUUUAUAGACCUUAUUACCAGACUGAGAAGUAAGGAAAUUUCCAAGAUUCUGAGAAGUUCCUACCUUAGGGGCAUGAAUUUGGCAUCAUUUUUCACUGUGAGCAAAAUCAUGAUUUUUGUCACCUUCAUCACCAAUGAGCUCCUUGACAACCGGAUCUCAGCCAGCCAAGUGUUUGUGGUGGUGACGCUGUUUGAGGCUCUGCGGUUCUCGAGCACCCUCUACUUCCCCAUGGCCGUCCAGAAGGUGUCAGAGGCCGUCGUCAGCCUCCGAAGGAUAAAGAAUUUUUUAUCACUUGAUGAAAUACCACAGCUCAACACUCAGCUGCCAUCAGAUGGUGAAAUGAUGGUGAACAUGCAAGAUUUCACUGCUUUUUGGGAUGAGGAAUCGGAAUCACCAACCCUAAAAGGCCUUUCGUUUACUGUCAGACCGGGUGAACUGUUGACUGUGGUUGGACUUGUGGGAGCAGGAAAGUCCUCACUGUUACGUGCUCUGCUGGGGGAGCUGCCCCCGAGCCAGGGGAAGGUCAACGUGCAUGGAAGGAUCGCGUAUGUUUCUCAGCAGCCCUGGGUGUUUCCAGGAACUGUGAGAAGUAACAUUUUAUUUGGGAAGAAAUACGAAGAAGAGAGAUAUAAAGAAGUAAUAAAGGCUUGUGCUUUGGAAGAGGAUUUGCAGAAUUUGAAGGAAAGAGAUCUAACUGUGACAGGAGAUGGAGGAACCCCACUGAGUGAAGGACAGAAAGCCCGGGUCAGCCUCACCAGAGCUGUGUAUCAGGACGCAGACAUCUACCUCCUGGACGAUCCGCUCAGUGCAGUGGACACAAGAGUCAGCAGGCACUUGUUUGAACUGUGUGUUCGUCAGGCCUUGAAGGAGAAGAUCACAAUUUUAGUCACUCAUCAGUUGCAAUACCUAAAAGAUGCAAGUCAGAUUCUGAUAUUGAAAGAUGUAAGUAAUUUCUAGAAGUCUGUGGAAUUGCUAGCCUUCAGAUGUGUUGGGAGAAGGCAAUGGCAACCCACUCCAGUACUCUU